UUUCAGCACGUUCUCACGUACCUUCCUCUAUUUAUUUCCUUAAUCGAGUACAGAUUUAUCAAAGAUGCAGAAAGUUUUAGUGUUGGUGGUUACAAUAGGGUGCUGCAUGGCACGUGAUUGUGUUACGGGGAUUACCUGUCCCACUUCGAGGGAAAUUGUCGCGAAUUUGGAGCCACAGAUCAAGGAAAUUCGGGCCAAAAUCGCCACAGUGUUGAAAAGUACAGGCGAUACUCUCGCCUCAACUCGACUUCUGAUCAGGAAUAAUAUCUCAAAUGCGAAAAAUUUGAGCGGGAACAAGUUACAAGAACUGAGACGUGUUCUCAACCAAGCCCGAAUCGAAUCAGCUUUAGCGCGCCCUAAAGUCCGGGCCUGUAUCAACAACCAGAACAGCGAAAUUGCCAAAAUUGUGCCUGGCAAUUACUUGAGCUGCGAGGCCAAUUUUAGUGACCUUAUGGACGUCCGGAACGACAUCAUAAAGUUGCGACAAAUCGGCCAAAAUCUAGUCCUGACUUGCACCCAUUUGAACCCUCUCGGAAGCGAAAGAAUCAAUCUCCGGAUCUGUCUAGAAGGAAAAAUCAAGGAUCUCGGAUUCCAGUUAUUAAACCUUGAGAAAGAGUUUACAAAUGGGGUCAAAAAUCUGGUUAACUAUUCCACAUCAUGCGUUGUUGAGACAAGUGGAAAGCUCUUCAAACAAAUCGGUGCAAUUGAAGGUGCUAUCAGGAAUUGCAAAUAUUUCUCCUAAUCUCAAGAGCCUCUCAAAAUCUCAUAUAAAUUGCGUUUUUUCCCAAGGUGUGACAGUCAAAAUGUUGAACCUAGUUACAGUUGUGAUUCUCGGGGCCCUCCUCCAGGGUAACUUUUGUCUCAACCGCCAAGAUAUUAUAGACGAGUACACGCCGAUCCUUGCGGAGAAAACAGCGAAUUUUAGCCAAGAUGCCAAAACAAUUCAUUCGGAACUUGUGGUGGUUGAAAACAUCUUGAAGAACGAUACUUUGAGCACGAUCUCGUUUCUGAACACCCAGAUUGCGUCCCUGAAGCAAACCAUCGCCGAUGCCAAAAAGCAAUCAGCUAACAAAACCACUGUCUUGAAUUGUUUGAGCGUCCAGGAAAAGGCGGCAGCGCAACUGUCCGCGGACGCUAUCAACACGACUUGUUGGGCAAAUGCUGAUUUUAGCGCGUUGUCAGGCGCUGAGAAUGAUUUAAAAACUCUGGCACUUAUUCCCAACAACACGAUAUCGGCGUGUCAGACCCUGGAUCCGCUCAGUCCCAGUCAAGACCAGUUGUUCCUGGACUGUAUCACCGAAAAAAUUCUAGAUCUGGAUGCUCAGAUUGAAAUAGUCGAAAAUAAUUUCGCUGCGGUUAAAAAUGCAACUGUCACUUCAACAAUAAAGUGCAUAACGGACCAAAGUGCCCCAAUCGCUGCGAAAAUCAACGAAAUCAGUUUUCAAGUCACACUUUGCUUGUCGCUAGGCUAGGAAUAAAUAAAACGUUUCGUAAAAAUUUC